AUGGAGCAAGGACAUGUUAAUAUAUUGAGACACGACAAUCAAAUGUUAAGACAGAUGACUGUCGACAUGCAAGAAGAAGAAUAUAUUUCGAACAAACUACUAAAGCGAAUUUCCGGUCUCAAAAAAGAGAAAGGUGAAUUGCUUUUACAAGUUGAACAGGAAGAGGAAUAUUUAACUAAUACAUUGCAAAAGAAAUUAAAUCAAUUACAAAAAGAAAAAAUUGAUAUGGAAAAUGCACUUGAGCAAGAGCAAGAGUAUAUUGUGAAUCGCCUUCAGAAACAAUUAGAUUCACUACGUCAACAACAAACUUACCAUCCACAUCAUUCCCGUGAGAACAGUACUUCAUCGGUUUCCACCACAGGAAAUGUCACGCCUUUGCCUCCGGCCUCCCCAUCUUCCACUCAUAAGAAGUGGAUUCCUCCGCAUUCAUCCUCACCAACAUCACCAGAUUUUGGUGUGGCAUCCCAAGGUGUUGUAGAGGUCCUCAAGGCUGAGCUUAACAGUCUUAGAACUAGAGCUGCAGAGAUUGAGAAGGAAUACAUUGCCAAAUCAAGUCAAGCGACUCGGUUUAAGAAUGAGUUAAUAGAAUUAAGAAAAAAAUCAGGUUUACCUGUUGAUGAUUUAUUAGUCGAAGAACCGUAA